AUGUCAAAGUCAUCAUCAUCAUCGUCUAAAACUCCUCUAACCGAUAAAGAUCGGCGUAAACAAAUCUCAAUUCGUGGUUUACCUGUAUUAGAAAAUGUAGCAUCUGUUAAGAAAACGUUCAAUCGUCAUCUACAUUUUACUAUUGUUAAAGAUCGUAAUGUCGCUACGAAUCGUGACUAUUUUUUAUCAAUAGCAUACACAGUACGGGAUCAUCUUGUCGGUAGAUGGAUUCGUACACAACAACAUUAUUAUGAAACUGAUCCUAAGCGUGUUUAUUAUUUAUCAUUGGAAUACUAUAUGGGACGAUCAUUAUCAAACAUGAUGAUUAAUCUUGGUAUUGAAUCUGAAUUAGAUGAAGCUUUAUAUGAACUUGGUCUAUCAAUUGAAGAAUUAGAAGAAGUUGAAGAAGACGCUGGUUUGGGUAAUGGCGGUCUUGGUCGACUUGCUGCCUGCUUUCUUGAUUCAAUGGCUACACUUGGAUUAGCUGGCUAUGGUUAUGGAUUACGUUAUGAAUUUGGUAUCUUUCAACAGUCAAUCAAAGAUGGAUUUCAAUGCGAAGAACCCGAUGAUUGGUUACGUUAUGGAAAUCCGUGGGAAGUUCCUCGGCCCGAAUAUCAAAUACCGGUUAAUCUUUAUGGUCGUGUUAUUGACCAAGACGGAAAACCAAAAUGGGUCGAUACAAAAGUUAUUAUGGCUAUGCCCUAUGAUACUCCAGUGCCUGGUUAUAAUAACAAUGUUGUCAAUACACUUCGGUUAUGGAGUGCAAAAGCAGCUCAAAAAUUCAACUUUCAAUUUUUUAACGACGGUGAUUAUCUCAAUGCUGUUAGUGAUCAAAGUUUAGCUGAAAAUGUAACACGAGUUUUAUAUCCAAACGAUAACUACAAGCAAGGAAAAGAGCUUCGUCUUAAACAAGAAUAUUUUCUUGUUGCUGCUACUUUAUCUGAUAUUAUUCGCCGAUAUAAACAUUCAAAAUUUGGUUCAGCUUUAACAACUCGCGAUGAUUUCAGUACAUUUCCCGACAAGGUUGCUAUACAACUCAACGAUACACAUCCAGCAUUAACUAUUGCUGAAUUAAUGCGUUUAUUACUCGAUAUGGAAGGCUUAUCAUGGGAUAAAGCAUUUGAUAUUACAAAACGAGCCUGUGCUUAUACAAAUCAUACACUUAUGCCUGAAGCUGUUGAACGAUGGUCCGUAGGUUUAUUACAACAUGUUUUACCAAGACAUCUACAAAUUAUUUUUGAAAUUAAUUUACGUCAUCUUCAAGAAGUUGCUGCUCGUUAUCCAGGAGAUUGGGGUCGUCUUCGAGAUUUAUCUAUCGUUGAGGAAGAUGGUGAAAAACGUAUUAAUAUGGCUUAUUUAGCUAUUGUUGGAUCUCAUGCAGUUAAUGGAGUUGCAAAAAUCCAUUCAGAUCUUCUUAAAACAACUCUUUUUAAAUCAUUUUAUGAGUUGACACCAGAAAAAUUUCAAAAUAAAACAAAUGGAAUUACACCACGUCGUUGGCUUGUUCUAAGCAAUCCUAACUUGAGUGAUGCUAUAGCUGAAAAAAUUGGUGAAGAUUGGAUAACAAGUCUUGAUCAUCUUAAAAAGUUACGAGAAUUUGUUGACAACGAAGCAUUUGUACGUGACAUUCAACGUGUUAAACAGGAAAAUAAACAACGUUUAGCUGAAUGGCUUUUGAAAACACAAAAUCAAAAAAUUAAUCCUUUGUCAAUUUAUGAUAUGCAAGUCAAACGUAUUCAUGAAUAUAAACGACAACUAUUAAAUAUUUUGCAUGUCGUUACAUUAUACAAUCGAAUUCGUGCUCACCCCGAUGGCAAAUUUGUACCCCGAACAGUCAUGAUUGGUGGGAAGGCUGCUCCUGGCUAUCACAUGGCAAAGAAGAUAAUUAAAUUAGUUAAUAGUGUUGGUAAAAUUGUUAACAAUGAUCCAAUUGUUGGUGAUCGUCUUAAAGUUGUCUUUCUUGAAAAUUAUCGUGUAACAAUGGCUGAACAAAUUAUCCCGGCUGCUGAUUUAUCAGAACAAAUUUCACUUGCUGGCAUGGAAGCUAGUGGAACGUCGAAUAUGAAAUUCAUGUUAAAUGGAGCAAUGACAAUUUGCACAUUAGAUGGUGCAAAUGUUGAAAUGGCUGAAGAGGUUGGCAAUGAUAAUAUAUUUAUAUUCGGUAUGACUGUUGAAGAAGUUGAAAAACGAAAACAUGAGGGAUAUUAUGCAAGAGAAUUUUAUGAAAAGAAUGCUGAACUUAAACAAGCUCUCGAUCAAAUCAAAAAUGGAUAUUUUUCACCAGAAAAUCCAGAAUUAUUUCAUGAUAUUGUCAAUAGUUUAUUAUGUGACGGCGGCGAUCAUUAUAUGCUUUUAGCUGAUUAUGACAGCUAUAUUAAAUGCCAAGACAGAGUCAGUGAACUCUUCAAAGAUCCAAUCGCUUGGACAAAGAAGAGCAUUUUAAAUAUCGCUGCAUCGGGCAAAUUCUCAAGUGAUCGUACUAUUGCAGACUAUGCUCGUGAAAUUUGGAAUGUUCAACCAGCGCUCAGACCAUUACCUAAUCCACAUGAAGGUCGACCUGGUACAAAUCACGAAGGCGAAGCCACACAUGGCUCAUCACAAGCACUUGCUGAUUUAGCCAAAUACUAA